CAGAUCCGACACUUUCAGUGAACUGCAAAUACACGCGAUGCAUCAGUCAGUGUUGUGAUUGAUUAUCAGUAAGAUAUUGAUCAUCAUCAGCUCUGUAAACAUGCGGGUUUCUCUCUGGUGCGUUUGGAUUUUAACUCUUCACACCGCAGCUCAGCAUCCUCCUGAGCGGCAGGAGGGAGGCGUGCAGUCCGGAGGGAGGAGGAGGCAGAGCACCGGUACACCGACCCUGCUGCAGCCGGCGGCGGUGAGGGGAUCCGGGGAGAAGCUCGGCGGCAGGAGGGCACCCUUGAACGGUCCUCAUGUCUGUGGUGGUCGGUGUUGUGUCGGCUGGACUUUGUCACCCAGAACCAGACGAUGCACCAAACCCAGGUGUGUUCCUCGUUGCCAAAAUGGCGCAUUGUGCCGGCAGUCUAACCGCUGUGUGUGUCGACGGGGUUUCCAUGGUAACCGCUGUGAGGUUUCCUCUGCAGCGCUGACCUCCUCUGUUCCUCCCAGCAUUGUCCCACACCGAGAACUCACCUUCACCUCCUACAGAGACACCAGACUUGCUCAACGCCCCGCCAUCAGGAAGACCAGAGUCCUCUCAGCUCGCUCCGGUCCUGCUGUUACGGUAACGCCUCCUGCCUUCAUGACAACCAGCAAACCCAAACCAGCACCUGAGACCCACAACAAGCAGGGGGAUGCAAAGAUCCCAGAAUCUGCUCCUGAGAAGUCUGGACAGUUUAGAGUAAAACCUGAAACUAAAGCUGAGGACAGAGGAGGUGUUUCGAAGGAGCUUCUAAUGCAGGAGGAGAACCAAGCCUCCCCAAAACGACCACAGGUGGAGCGGAGAGCCGAGAGGACGCAAACACCCAAGUUCAACAACUUGCAGCUGCAGACAGGAGACAGUGAGGAGGAGAGAGGAGAAGUCACAGCCGGCAUCACAGAGCUUAAAACACAAGAAACUCCAAAGUUAAAAUCAGAAGCAGAGGAAGAGGAGGAAUCACACGCCUUCAAAACCCCAAAGCUGGAGUCUCUGUCCUGGUCUCACACUGAGGGAAAGAUGUCACUAGAUUUAAACGAAACUUCUAAACCAGAGGAUAAAAGAUUAACCCAACAGUCUGACUCAGAAUCUGAGAUGGUGGAAAGAUUAACGGCCUCUAAAAUCCCAAACCUGGAGUGGAGGUUUAAAGCUGAGGACAGACUGAACUUGGAGUUAAACGUUGAGCCUGGUGAAGAGUACGGCCUUCAUCUGGGGUCUGAUCCUGGGCAGAGGUCGGAGAAAAAGGUGGAUGAUGGUGGGACGGGAGAGGAGGUGGAGAAGAAGAAGAAGGAGGAGGUGAAGACUGGAGGAGCAAAGAAGCAGCCUCUGAGUCUGAGGGAGGCCCAGGCGGUUCUGCUGAGGAAGACUUUGUCACGGGGAGGAAGAGGAGACAAGAUGGCCGCCCUGCUGAUGAAGCACAUUGAGAAGGAGAGGAAGAAAGUCACUGUGACCUCCUCUUUCUCCUCCCCUAACGCCUCAUCCUCUUCAACGUCAUCAUCCGCAGUAAAAACCAGCGUGAAGACCUUUUACACUCAGAAGGGCCAGUACACCAUCCACGUCACCGCACCCUCAGCUGAUGGACAGACAGUCUCAGGAGGGGCAGGAGGAGCAGGGGAAGGGGUGGAGAGGAUCCAGGUGAUGUUCACGCCCACCAUCUGCAAGGUGCGCUGCAGCCAGGACAGAUGUGUCAACUACUGCGAGCGAGGCAACGUGACCACGCUGUACAGCAGCAGUGAGGGUGGAGGAGGAGGUGUAGGAGGAGGAGGAAGGAGAGACAGCUCCCAUGGACCGGGCUUCAGAGUCUUCCUCUGUCCUCUGCUCUGUAAGAACGGAGGCAUCUGCCUGCAGAAGGACCGCUGUCUCUGCCCGCCAAACUUCACUGGGAAGUUUUGCCAGAUCCCUGUUGCCCCCACAGCCGUCGAUGCAGCUGCAUCUGUAUCUGCAUCUGCAUCCGCCUCCUCCACCUCCACCAAUGAGAUCGUCAAACCUGCGCUGCUCUCUGCCAUGGCAGCCAAUCAGGAGCUGACCCAGUCUGAGUUCCUGCUGCCCCUGGGACAACACCAGGAGACGGGAAGGGCUGGUGCUCCCGGCCCAUCCAUGGUGAAGGUCAGAGUGCAGCACCCCCCUGAGGCCAGCGUGAAGAUCCACCAAGUGCGGAAGGUGUCUGGAUUCAGCCCCACACUGCGGACUCUCUCCUCCUUGUCCUCGGGGUCAGCGGGGGCUCCGGCUCCGGCUCCAGCAGGUGGGGGGGUCCAGGCCCAAACAGUGAGAGGGGACGGCGCCUUCACCCAGCACUCUGGGUUCAAGUACUGCUUCAGAGAUGUUAAAGACGGACAGUGCAGCUCUCCUCUACCCGGUCUGAGGAGCAAGGAAAUGUGCUGCAGAGGGAUCGGGAAGGCCUGGGGCAUCUCUGAUUGUGUCCUCUGUCCUGAGAAUACAGCUCAAGGCAACAACAGCUGUCCCGCUGGUUUUGAACGAGCCAACGGAACGCAUGGAACACACUGUGUCGAUGUGAAUGAGUGCCUCCAUCCGGGGCUGUGUGAGAAUGGGCUCUGUGUGAACACCAGGGGGAGCUAUAGCUGUGUGUGUAGGGCGGGGUUCAUCCUCGACGCCACACAUGGAAUCUGCAUCUCCCAGAGUGUGAUAUCAGAGGAGAAAGGUCAGUGUCACCGGGUCCUGGGUUUCGGCCAGGGUCCGUCCUCCUGCUCCCUACCCAUCCUCAGGAACAUCACCAAGCAGAUCUGCUGCUGCAGCCGAGUUGGCAAAGCCUGGGGACCCAACUGCCAGAGGUGUCCUUACUUUGGUUCAGUGGCUUUUAAGGAGAUCUGUCCGGCUGGUCCUGGUUACCAUUACUCAGCUUCGGCCCUGCAGUUCAACCAGAGAGUCAACGAGCACCUGGGGAGCCGAGGAGUUCAGCUGGUCACCCACAGCAACCAGGAUAACCAGGGUCCUGGUUCUGGGACCAGUAGCAGCGGAGCCUCCAGGUCUCAGCAGAUACCCUCUUCUUCUGGAGCAAGUACUUCGCUGAGUUCUUCUUCAGGUGUCGGGUCCAGUACUGGAUCAGCUGGUACCAGCAUAGCCCACAUCAGACCCAGUCUACCCCAGCCUCAACCCAGACCCCAGCCCCACCCUCUACCUCAGCUUCGACCUCAGCCUCGGCCCCAGCCUCCAUCUCAGCCUCGGCCUCAGCCUCAGCCCCAACCUCCAUCUCAGCCUCGACCUCAGCCCCAACCUCCAUCUCAGCCUCGACCUCAGCCUCAGCCCCUGCCUCCAUCUCAGCCUCGACCUCAGCCUCGGCCAGCUGACUCUUCCCCCUCCAGGCCGGUGCAGCCUGGCGGCACCGGCACCACGGCCUCCCAGGACAAACCCCAGACUCCCAGCAGACCUGGGACCCAACAGAACCAGCCCGAUCCUGCCCUGUCAUUCACAACACAACAAAGAACCCAGCCUCCACCCACCAGGACUCAAGCAGGUGGUCAGUCCUCCUCGGUAUCCCGGCCAGAUCAGCCAGCAGCCAGAGGGGACUCUCUCCCCGCUCCUGCCCAGCCACAGAGCCCUGAGCAUGGGUCGACUUCCAGCAGAGACCUCCCUUUGCAGAGCAGACCAGCUGUCAGCCCAACGACCCGACCAGCCCGAGUCCAGCCAGUGCGAGGUGUGUGUGAGAGCAAACCAGGUGUGUGUGGGCGGGGACGCUGUGUGGACCAGCCAGGUGGAAAACACACGUGUGUGUGUGAUCAGGGAUACCAGCCCAACUCUCAGCGCACAUACUGCCAAGAUGUGAAUGAGUGUAUCCAGUCUCCAGCUGUGUGUUCAGUGGGAGAGUGUAUGAACACCAUGGGAAGCUACAGGUGUGUGUGUCCGCCAGGAUACAGGAGCAGCAGCCAGCAGACUAGCUGUCAAGACAUCGAUGAGUGUCUGCAGAAUCCCUGCACCAACGGUCGCUGUGACAACACGCCGGGCAGCUACAAGUGUGUCUGUCGCCUUGGCUACAGGCUCAUCGGCAACAUCUGCACAGAUAUGGACGAGUGUGAGGAUGCUCUGCAGUGUCCAGGUCAGGAGUGCAUCAACAGUCAGGGCUCGUACCGCUGCGUGUCCUGUCAGCCCGGAUACAGACUGGUCAACAGGCUCUGCACAGACAUCGACGAAUGUCGCCAGGCUCUCUGCUCCAAUGGUCGCUGUGAAAACACACCAGGAAGCUACCGCUGUGUCUGUCGUCAUGGUUACAAGCUCCAGAACAAUACCUGCACAGACAUAGAUGAGUGUGCAGAGCCGUCUCAGUGUCCUGGUCAGAUGUGUGUGAACACUGUGGGAUCGUACCGCUGUGUGUCCUGUCGACCAGGAUACACACUCACCAACAGACAGUGUACAGAUGUAAAUGAGUGUGAGAACAGCGAGUCUUGUCCUGGUCAGCGGUGUGUGAACACUGAAGGGUCUUACAGCUGUGUGGACUGUCAGCAGGGAUACCACAGCGUCAAUGGAGUGUGUGUAGAUGAGGACGAGUGUGUGCAGGCCUCUCAGUGUCCCGGUCAGCAGUGUGUGAACACUGUGGGAUCGUACCGCUGUGUGUCCUGUCAGCCUGGAUACAGCAGGAAGGACGGCUCCUGCCAAGAUGUAGAUGAGUGUGCCAGCGCCGGGGCGUGCGAGGUAGAGCGGGUGUGCGUGAACACCAUUGGCUCGUUCAGGUGUGACUGUCCGCCUGGGUACCGAACCUCCAGCCUGGGAAGACAGUGCAGAGACAUUAACGAGUGUUUGGAGGGAGAUUUCUGUUUCCCUAGAGGAGAGUGUGCGAACUCACCGGGGUCCUACACAUGUGUGUGCUCUCAGGGAUUCACACUGAGUGACAACAGGACCGCCUGCAUCGACGUGGACGAGUGUACGAAGUCUGGUGUGUGUUUGGACGGUCGCUGUGUGAACACUGAAGGCUCCUUCCACUGCCAGUGUCAAACCGGCUUCACCACCAAUCCAGAGAGAACUGCCUGCCUCGACGUUGAUGAGUGUGUCUUGUCCAGCGGCUCAGUGUGUGCAUCACAGCGCUGUGAGAACACGAUUGGCUCGUACCACUGCCUCACUUCCUGUGAGCCGGGCUACCAGGUCACACAGACGGGCAACUGCGUAGACAUUAAUGAAUGUGCCAAUAAGACAGUGUGCGGACAUCACGCCUACUGUCAGAACCUAAUGGGAACCUACCUGUGUGUGUGUGACCAGGGCUUCACCUCCACCAGCGACGGGAAGGCUUGUGUGGAUGAGGACGAGUGUGUGUCUAUGCCCGGUGUGUGUGGUUCUGCUCGCUGUGAGAAUGUGGAGGGAUCCUUCAUGUGUGAAUGUGACAGACGGGGAGAAGAGUUUGACCACACCACAAGGCAGUGCGUCAACACGGCACAAAGCGCACGGAUGCUCCCAAGCUCCACCUCCAUCUCCUCUUCCUCGUCCUCCUCCUCGUCCUCCUCCUCGUCCUCCUCCUCCCAUGUCAGUGUGGUGGAGUUGGCUCCAGUGCUGCCCCCACUCCCUGCAGCUCGUCCUGGUGAGCUGAGGGAGUGUUACUACAACCUGGCUGAGCGGGGAACCUGCAGCCUGCUGGCCACCAACACCAGCCAGCAGGAGUGCUGCUGCACAGUGGGGGAGGGCUGGGGGCUGGGCUGCCAGUACCACACCUGCCCCACCGCUGACACAGCCGAGUUUCUGUCUCUGUGUCCCAGUGGGAGAGGAUACGUUACUACUGGACCAGGAGCCUUCAGCUACAGAGAUGUGGACGAGUGUAAGCGUUUCCAGCCGGAGGUGUGUAAGAACGGAGUGUGUGUCAACAACAUCCCUGGAUACAACUGCUACUGCGCCAGUGGAUACGUGUACAACAGCACCCUGCUGGAGUGUGUUGAUCACGAUGAGUGUGAGGAGGAGAGUUGUAUCGGAGGACUCUGUGUCAACACGGUGGGUUCUUAUUACUGCAGCUGUCCACAUCCUCUGGUCCUCGACGACACUCAGCGCAACUGUGUCAACUCCUCCCACCUCACUGUGGAUGAGAACCUGUCUGUGUGCUGGCAGCACGUCACGGCAGACCUGGUGUGUCAGAGUCCUCUGCUUGGAGCUCAGGUCACCUUCAUGGACUGCUGCUGUCUGUACGGGGAGGGCUGGGGGAUGGAGUGCGCCCUCUGCCCCUCCACUGACUCUGAGGACUACGGCACUCUGUGCAGUUCGUUUCUUCCUCCCUUUUUGCCGGAGGGUUUUCCGGACUUUGGAGCUGAAACGGGAGUGAGACCAGGAGCUGGACGAGGACGAGGAGGAGCCAGUGAGCAAUCUCCUCCAUACUUCCCUGCCUACAGUACGGACUCCUUCCCUCCGCCUGUGCUUCCUGACUAUGACGACUACUCUCCAGCAGGAGACAGCAGGUCAGGUUUCAGAGGGAGGACACCUGCCACCUUCAGCCUGCCGGACAGUGGAUAUCCCAGGUCAGAGUACAGCACUGGUUACUACUCUGAAGGAGACUUCAGCCCCCCUGAUGGCUCCCCGCCCAGGCCUCCAUCCUUCCACCUCCCUGCGGACCCCAGGGCCGAGAGGGCAUUUGGGGCCCGGCCUCCUCCUCCAUCACGACCCGACGGGCCUCCUCUCAGCCUGGCCCCACUGCCUGGCGCUCCCUAUGAGGUGGAGCAGGAGGAGGAGGAGGAGGUGGCGUGGAGGCCGGGCCCGCCCUUCCCUCCGUUCACUGAGAGGGGCAGAGGAGGUGGAGGUGGAGGUGGAGGUGGAGGAGGAGGAGGAGGGGGAGCACCGAGGAGGGUGUAUGAGAGGCGUUAUGAAUCCUACGCCGGCCUAAGCACAGCAGAGGAUUGUGGGAUACUACAUGGCUGCGAGAAUGGCAGGUGUAUCCGCGUCGCCGAGGGUUACACCUGUGACUGUUACCAAGGAUACGAACUGGACAUGACCUCCAUGACAUGUAUAGAUAUAAACGAGUGUGAGGCUGGCAUCACAUUGGACUUCCCGUGUGUGAACGCUCGCUGUGUGAACACAGAUGGCUCGUUCCGCUGCGUCUGCAGGAGAGGAUACGUCAUGUCCCGCAGGCCAAACCACUGUGUGGCUGCAUAGACCAGACUGGACUGGACUGGGCUCGAUUAAACCAGUAUAAACUGGUCUAGCGAAUCGAGACUGGACUGCACAACAACAGACUGGGCUAGACUAGAUUAGACUAAAGCGGCUAUGGGACCUGAUUUGACAAACUAGAUUAUACCAGGUUAGGAUGAACUGGGUUUAAAAUAGUCUAGAUUGCACUUAACUGGGAAAGGGUGGACUGGGCACCAGUUACACAAGGUCACUCUGGAUAAAAUACCAAUUUAACACCGCUUUUUAGCUACAGUUUCUCCACGUCUUUGCAAAUUUCAACUUGUUUUUUGUGUUGAUAUGUGAACACGAUAUUUCCUCGUAGAUUUUUCUCAGAUUUUUUAUGUCUAGAGAAAAAAAUAUCUCUGGAAACAAACAAAACUAACUUUUGUUGCAACAAUCCAGGAUAAAUUAAUUGUUUAGUAAAGUGACUGUAAACAUGAUUAACUAGCUCAAACUGAAAUCUGAAUUCUCCUAAAUGUUUUAAUGUGAGGAAAUAUAAUGACGUUGCAAAAGUUUUGCAUAUUUUUCUGUUAUGCAAAAGAGGAUAAAACUAUUUUUGAACAUAUUUGUGGAGACAGUGUGUAAGCUUUAAAAAUAGGCUGUAUGGACUGUCUCUUUCCAACAUUCAUCAUUGUAAGGACCCAAUAUAUUAGAUUUUAAUCUGAUUUUUCAAUAUAUAAAAUAUACACUUAAACAUCCUCAAUCUUAUUGACAGAGCAACAACACAUAUAAAACAAACAUGCUCGACCUCAGUUUCUCUUUGUCAUCGCCCACCUGUCCAAAAAAUACAAGAAAAAGAUAGAAAAUGAACAAUGAUUUGAGUCAGGAAAUUAUUCAUACGGUCACUUUAUUACACAAUUAGUUGGUCCCAGUGUAUAGUCUGCUCUAUCACCCCAUACAUUAUCUCCUCACAUAAAGGUCUACAAAAAUGUGUCGAACAAGUUAAAAAACAAUGUUUAAAGCUUGAUGAAACCCCACAGUGUCUGGUCAGUUUAAACCAGUCUAGCCCUGUUUAGCACCAGUGGUUGAAACCAGGCUAACUCCUCAAGUAGACUCCAGGCCCACUCUGAUUAGCCUCCGCUGUGAACCACGCUGUGCCAAAGUUCAUCUUUAUGUUUCUGAUGACCAUGACUCUUUCUGAAUGUUUACCGCGUUGAAGUUAAGUCUGGUAGGUUGUUCCCAGCGGGAGAAAAAAACGUGUUUUGAGACGUGUGAAGUAGAAGAAGAAAACAGUUGUGUGUGUAUUUUUUUUGUUUGUUUUAGGAAUCCAACCAGACUGCAGAGAAACACUGAGCUCACAUCAGUUUGAAAAACAGCAACUUUACAUUUUAACCAUAGAUGGUAAAAAAGAAGUGGACGUAGCCUCCGGGUCAAGUGAAGUCAAUGCUGAAGUGCCUUAAAGCUACAUUCUUUCUAAUGACCAGCAGGGGGCAACUCAACUGGUGGCAAAAACAAAUUCAGUUGUAUAGAAGUCAGUGAGAAAAUGAACCUACUUCCCACUUGAUUUAUUACCUCGACAAACCUUUUCCCAAUUAAUUUAUGGCCUCAGUCUCUAGUUUCAAGUCCUCUUCAAUACAGCAUGAUGUUCAUUAUGUGAUGGCUCCAAAAUAAAAAAACAAGAUGGCAACAACAACAACUCAAAACACCAAACUUGAGGCUUUAAAACCAUGGAUGUAUAAAUAGAACCACAGUGUUGGAAGCAGGGCCCAGUUCAUUCUUAUGAAAGCUGCUUAGUCACGCAUGAAGCCAAAAACGUUCGAUUUCCUGGGUAUAAAAUUACCUGGAUUUUCCUCAUCACGGGGCCAAUAGAGCUAUAGAGACUACUACUAAACUUAAAUGGGGAUAAAAUUAUUUAAACAUGCGGGACUUUAAAUAUGUUAUCAGACUGUAUGGAUCAAAUUCUGAUGGUGAAGCGAGUCAUUUUGUUGGGGCUAUGAUGCUAAAAAAAUGUAUCCACUAAUUUACAGAGGCCUGUUUGGGGUUCAAUAGUGUCACGUGAUAGACCUGAAUGUUGUAAUGCCACCGUUUGCAUCAUAACUUGGCUACUACGAAAAUUGGCCUCAAAGCCAACGCUGUUGGUGGCUUGGGCGUAGCAAUGUGUAUUCUCGACAGCUCCACCCUUUCUUCCAAAUAUGGUCAUUUCUGGCUCCAGAAAACCAAGAUUGCAACGGACAAACUGCCGAACUCUAGGCUAUAGAAUGAUAGCCCACAAACCAGUGGGUGACAUCACGGUGGCUACGUUCAUUAUUUUAUACAGUCUAUGGGUUUAACUGGAUAGAAAACAGAUGGAACGACAUUAAUAAACACCAGUUGUACUGUUUACACAACCCCAAGAUUUGAAGGGCAUCAUCUGCAGACAUAAGACAAAAUAUCAUCUAGCUUUAGAAAUAUUAAUGAAUUAAUUAUUUGAAGUAAAAAAUAAAUACAGCAAUGAUACCAAAACAAUGCAAAUCAGUCAUGUAUUAGCAUUAGCAUGAUAGCUGUCCCAUCGUAAACAACAGAUCUUUAACCAUCAAGAAGUAACUAGUGUUUUGUUGUUCCUCAUCUAGAAAACUACGGUUACCCAAGUCUCCUGAGGAAAUGUUGGCAUUGUAGGUUUUUGCAAACCACUGAUACAUUUGUACAUUAUUACAUAGUGGAUACACUAAAACUUAACCCUAUGGUUAAUGUAUGGAUUAGUUCAGGCACAAAAACCACUUGGUUGCAGUUAGAAAAAGAUCAUGCUUUGGCUUAAACUACCUGAUUUUGGGGGCAUAAUCAUGACAGGAAAAACUGCAAAAUGUUGCUACGAAACACCCACGUUUGGUGCCUAAAAAGCCGCUGGAAACUGAGUCACAACUCAUUUUGUCAUUUGUCUCAAACAGUGGUCUGCAGCUUGGCAGCCAUCUUGCCUAGCUGACUGUCCACCAUCCCCUCCACCUCCACAUGACAAAGUCAGCUCAUAUACCAUGUCACUUUUAAAACAUUGAUAUGAAACGUAGAAAUGUUACUUAUUUGUGGUUUGCAUAAAUGUGCAAUGCCAGCGUUUUCUUCUGGCCACUGGGCUGGGUAUGUUGUGAUGAAAUUAAGUUUAAACGUACAUCAGUAACGAGCCAUCCACUAGCUAGAAGCUAAUUGCAAAGGUACCAAUUGCUGUGAGCUCAUGAGCUAACCCAGCAUAUUCGUUAGCAUAUACGUCGUUCUACUUACAAAACUCAUUUUCUCACUGGGCUGUAGCCACUGAAAUACUGACGGGAUGAGUCCAAAAACCUCCAGCUGAGUAAUUUUAAUUGCUGAAUUAUAUAUUUCAGAACAGGGCACCAUAAUAACUCAACAUUGACCACAACUUCAGAACUAAGUCUGUGCUUGGAUGUGUCCUUGCUUAAGCGCACCUUGUAGCCGACUUCUCUUCUUCAGUUUUUAUGUCCACAAACAUCUUAUAGCCUCGUUUUUGUUUUGUUUUGUUUUUUUUAUCGAAGAAGCAGAUACAUCCUUUGUUUGGACGAAUCAAGCAGGAGAAUUUCACAUUGAUUCAAAGAUGUGAAAGUUGUGUAUUCGUGGGAAAAAUGUAUGAGACUUUUACUCCUGGAACCAGUGGUGCCUGAAUUAAAUACUCCUACUUUUCAUCUACAUUUUCUGGGUGUAAAUACAAAAUUUAAAAUCCUACUUAUGCCGUUAAAAUCCUUCAAAUUAGGAUUAUUAAUUAGGAUUUUCUGUGACUGAGAUAUUUUGACCCAUUACAGAUGUGAUUUACAAACUACUUCGACCACUUAUUCAAAACGUCUUUUUCUCAGUAUGCAGUAUGUACAUUUAUAUACCCUGACAGAGUUUUAUAAUCAACACUGUCUCUGUGAUAAACUAAUUAAUCAGCAACGCCAUGAUUUAUCUUCACUAAACCAAAUUCAGCAAACUAUGAAUGUUUAUAUUCUAUAAUUUUCUUAUUGUCAACAAAUUUCAUGCAGAUUCAAACCAAAACAUUGUUUCCUACCAACAAGUGUUUUAUAUGCCCUCUUUAUCACCAUUACCACAUACACUGUAGUUUAUUUCGAUUCAGUCCCACACACACCGUCCUGCUGCCACAAAUAUUCACCAGAGCACCAAAUGCGGAUUAAUCUGCCGCUGAAAACAGUCCUCAACAAAUGCACUAUUUCCACCUGUUUGUUUAAUAAAAACUACAGUGAGCGUCUGUUUUGGGAAAUUACUAACAAAACUUUUUUUUUAAAAAUAGAUUUACAUCUUCUGCAUCUUUGAUCUGCGCAUUAAAUUUGUUGACGAUAGAAAACAUAUACACCAAAUUUGAUUUAAACAUCACCUUAAGUUGACUUUUUAAACAUCUAGUCACCAGAAAAAAGGUUGAUGUCGUACGUUUCUACAAACCACGAAUAUGUUACGUUUGUACAUGAUGUGACAUUUCAACAACUGGUUAAUGUCUGAUUAGAUUUAAGACUCAUUUAUCCUUUACGUAUGAAAGUACAAUAAAACGUUGACUAAAAGCCUAGUCCCUUUUACUAGCCCAGUGUGGCUAUACAUUUACAUUUUGACAAAUAAAUGCCUGUCUCAGUUAGACGCCUGGUCUGGUUGCCAAGCAGUUACAUUUUUUUUUUUUUUUUAUAGAAGUUCUCUGGAUGUUUGAGACCAGGUUGUUGGCUAUCUCAAAUUAUGUGUCCGUUCCUCGAUUACCCUGUAAGUUAUUCAUAUUGCAUUAAUCCGUAAGGGUCCUCAGAUCAAACGAAUCAAAAGGGUUUUUCAUAGAAAUUAAGUUUCAAGUUGUGAGUAUUGUUUUAACAGGAUAAAGUGCUGUUGUGUCUGGUGCCGGGUGCCGUAAUCCUCGAGUCUCCACUCUUUCUCUGAUGUCUGUCAGGGGUAGAUCAAAUGAAUGACUCAUAAUUGGUAUAUUAUCUGAAGCGUAAUUUUUAAACAAGUAAUAUUCAUACUGGUUUAAAUAAACAAUUUGAUUGUAUUACCCAAUCUAUGCAGACCAACAGUUUUGUGUUAAAGGAAUUAAAGGCCUGUCACAAAUAUAGGCCUGUUGAUUUCAGGGAUUUACGCAAAUAAUAGCCCGGACUAUUAAUUCAAGUUUUACAGUAGAAAUGUCCAUUUCACAUGUAAACAUCACUGCCCUCAUACUUCAUGUUUACUUUAUGUUGGGAUAGAUACAGCCAAUAGAUGGCACUAGAGGGCAGAGUUAAAAGUUCCACAGAGCAACAAAGGAGCUGACAGUGGAGGAGGUCUUCUUCUGUAUGAUAUCACAUCCUGACGUGUGUACGGAGAAUUAUUUUCACUACCUUACCAAUUCGUUCCUUUCCAUCAUAAUUUAAAUUUAUUUGACGUCUCCUAUGGUCACAUCUUGCUUGAACCAUGCUAUACUGCCUCUAUGAUCUCCGGUGGCACUGGAGGCAGGUGUAGACAGAAGUCUCCGUUCGUCUCUGUCUUAGUAUUAAACGUUGAGCAUGAAUGAACCCUUAGGCACAAAAACAAAUUGUUGUUUUGGUUUUAAAAACAUGAUCUUUGUGGCACUAUUUUCUCUGGACAAAUAAUUAGAGGCCCUAAAAAUUACCCACGUUUGGUGGCUACAAACCUGCUCAAAACACUGAGAUGUCUUGGUAAAAAACAACUGCUUUUCCUGGCACUUUCCCAGAUGGAAAAACAGCGAAGCGUUUGCUGUUUUUUGGUCUUGAACAGUGGUCCGCUGCUUGGCAGGCGUCUCUCCUUGGUGACACGCCAUCCAUCAUCUCCUCCACCUCCCAGUGACAAAGUCAGCUCAUAUACUACGUCACUUUAGAAACAUUGGUAUGAUCCAUGUGAAACAUAUAAAUGUAACUUAGUGGUGGUUUGCAGAAGCGUACAAUGCCAAAUUUUUCUUCUGGCGGCUGGGCUGAGUUGAUUAAUUACUGACAUGUCUGUACUUACACUUGGUGGCUUCCUCUCCUGAAUGUCGUGGAGGCUGCAUUCAGUCAUACUGUGUAUAUAACAACAUUCCUCCACAAUAAUCCUGUUAUAUUGUUACCAAAUGAAUGAAGCUGUUACAGCCUGUAAGAGAGCGUGUUGAUUGUUUUUUAUCAUUAACUUUCUGAUGUAGUUAACAUGCAGAAUGUGAUCACCUAAAGUUUGAUGUAUAACAUGCACUGUAUCUGCCAGAGACCAGCCUUUUGUGUUCACACAGGAUGUUUUGUACAUUGUUUAAAAUUUCAGUCUCUGGUGUUCUUUUUUUUUAAUUGUUCAUUUUUAUGGUUUAUGAUUCACUUUUUUAUCUUUGUUGUUUGUAUGACAAGAAAUGAAAAUAUAUUUGCACACACUU